GCCUCCGCCGCCGCCUCCCUCAGCGCCGCCAGCACGCCGUCGGGGGGCAGGUCGACCAGCUCUUGCCAGAGCGACUCGGUGUAGAAGUCCACCGUGUGCGCGCUCGAAAUGGGCAGGGCGCCCCUCAGGAAGCGCAGCAGCUCCUGCAGCUUGGCGUGCAGCGUGGGCAGGUCCGGGGUCCUGGGGAGGGAGCAAACCGCCGCCAUGACGCUCGCCCUCCUCCAGGGCUGCAGGUGGCGCCCACAUGGCCGCACGGCACCGCUCCCUCUUCCCGGAGCGGCCGCAGGCGGAAGCAGUGGAGCUCCGAGCAUGCGCUGAGUUAGUUGGCCGGUGGAUUGCUUCCGCCUGGUGACGUAUUAUGUCGGCGACCCCUGGAGUCCUUCCAACCCAGAUGGCGCCGGCGAGGCCGGCUGCGAGGUGGCGGGCCGGAGGGUUUGCAUCGCGUGCGGACGGGACGCCUCAGGGCGGAUUCAAGAACCAGAGUGGGAAACGCAGGACCUGGCGGCCUAGCCACCAGCAGGCCUUCCUGGGGAGCGUUCGCGAGGGACAAGGUUUUGCAUUUCGGAGGAAACUGAAGAUCCAGCAAAAUUAUAAGAAAUUGCUAUGGAAGGUAAAGAAAGCGCCAGUGUCACAGGAAUCCCAGUUCACUGAUCAUUACCCAGACCAUCUAAAGCACCUCUAUUUAGCUGAAGAAGAAAGACUCAGGAAACAGCAGAGAAAGGUUGGCCCGCCUCCAUCUGAAGAUCAAGUUGACCAGCCCCUGCCUGAAGAAGAGAGCAACCCUGAGCAGACAUGGUCUGAAGGACCAGCUAGUGAUCGACAGCCUCAGCCAGAACAGCUGUGUACAGUAAAUUCUGAUACUAUUCCAAAGAAAAAGAAGAAAACUUCAAACCAAAAGGCACAAGAAGAGUAUGAACGGGUACAAGCAAAGCGUGCUGCUAAGAAAUUCGAAUUUGAAAUGAGAAAGCAAGAAAGAGAAGAAGCCCAAAGGCUCUACAAGAAGAAAAAAAUGGAAGCUUUCAAAAUACUGAGCAAAAAGACUAAAAAGGGCCAGCCAAACCUAAAUUUACAAAUGGAGUAUCUUCUUCAGAAAAUACAAGAAAACAGUUGAAAUAGCCAUUUUAUCUUUAAGGAUUAAAUUUUGACUGACUGUUGCAUCCUUUUGUAUGUGUUGUGAGCCCCCAACAGUGAACUAAAUUUGUUUACAUCAGUGGAUUAAUAAAUUACUUUUUGUUUUUGUAAUAGAAAAAAAUUAUCUCUAUAUAUUCUCUACAAAGAAUGACUUUAUCCUGAACUUUAAAAACCUUCAGUGCAACUUGUAUGAAAUAAACUGUUUUGAAAUAGGAGGCCUGAGCUCACAUAAGCAUUUCAAUGAUGUGUGAACCAAAGUGAUUAGCUGCCUCAGCUAGGCUGUGUAGGGAGACAAGAAUUUUAUGGGUGAAAUAUGUAAGAAGUCUUCAAGGUUGCAAAAGCUAGAGGCAAAUGGAGCAGGAGGAAUUACAAGGAAAAGAAGGUUUGAGAUGUAGUCAAGUAUAUAAAAAAUAGUUACUGGUAGUGGGAUAAUAUUUUCCUUCUAUUCUUAAGGGUUCCUCCCAUAUAGAGAAGAUGUCAUUGUCUUAUUGGCUGACUUGUUUUGCCUUGGGACAGUGUUAUAACUUUUAUGUUUGGUUUAGAGUACAUAUAAUCUCCCUGUCAUCCCACCCUCACCCAACUUGUAUUUGUGUUUAUAUGUACAUUGUACAUAUGUGUGGGCAUGUGUGUGGAGGCCAGCAGUUGAGGUCUUCAAUCACUCACAACCUCACUUUUUGAAUAAGAGUUUCUCACUAACCUGGGGUCUUCCUGUCUUGGCUUCCUGAGCCUUAGGGUUACAGGAACAGCAUUCUGGCCUUUGGGGAAUCCCAACUCAGGUCAUAGCAGUCUUUACUGACUGAACCAUCUUCACUGGAGAUGGGUUCUCAUGCUAUUUUGCCUAAACCAGGCUCAAUUCCUGGAUUCUUGAUCUUCAGCAUUCCAAGGAACUAGUACUUCAGGCACAUGUCAGCCUACUAGACCAGAACACACAUAUUCUUGAUUGCCUGUGGGAGCCCGUUUUCAGGUUCU